AUAACAUUGAUACAACUGCCACUUCUAGAAUAAUGAUAUUCUCCACUAACUGUGGGCCAUUUCUAGAAGAGAAUAUACCAGAUCUAACAUACAGGACAGACUUUGGACUCUUGUAUAACUAUGAAAACUGGUAUACG